AUGUCUGCCCCAAAUGCCAAUACCACGAUGCUUUUGACUGAGCAUUUCGAGUUCCCCCCAAUCACCUUCGUUGAUGAUGUUAUCAAUUCAGUGAAUGAGAUCAUGUACAAGUGCACCGCAGCGCUUGAGAAAUAUCUAAUUUCCAAACGAGAUAAACUUCAGGUGUCACUGCGAGAUGACUCUAUAAUAUUAAAUAAUGAUAAUGAUAAUGAUAAUACAGAGGGGAGUAAUCUAGAUGAGAUCGAAGUGGGAACGGCAAAAUUAGAGACUUUGCUAGAAAGUAGUGUGGAUAAGAAUUUUGAUUUAUUUGAAUUAUACACUCUACGAAAUAUUUUCAAUAUUCCUUCGGAUUUGGUUGAAGAAGGAUGGAUAAAAUUAGAUCAUUAUAAGCAUGUGAGAAUGAUAAAUAAUCCAAAAAAGAAGUUGAAGGAAAUUGAGCAGAAUAUCCAAGACAUGGAACAAGAAAUCAAAUUUCAAUUAUUUUUAAAACAGAAACUCACAGCCGCUUUAGUCAAAGCAAAAAAAAUACUAAGAAUGUUGAAACUAUAUUCAUCCCAGCUAAAGUUUUUGCAAUCCAGCCCAACUACAAUUAGAGACUCGGUCUUAAUGAGAUCCAACAUUGAAGCUCUAAGGUCUUUAUCACCGCUUGAUGAAUCGAUAUUCUUUUUGAAAAAUGAAGCAAAGAGUUUAUACAAGAUGAUACAAAUUUUGGAAACAAAGUUUAAUGAGAGUGUCAAAGAUUCAGAAAUUCUUCCCAAUGAGAGAGAUACUUAUGUUGAUACAAAAGCCUACAAGUUGUUAAAGUUAUAUUAUGACGAUCAAAAGGAACAUGAUCUAAUUAGUAUCAAGUUAAGCAAGAUAGAGAAGACAGACAGAGAUGCUUCCAAGAUUAGAAAAGUUAACGAAGUCUUGAAUAUUGAGUCAAUUGACAGGAAUGAAGAAUGA